CUGGUGGGGCGGCGGGGCGCUGCGGCGGCCGCGGGGCUCGCGGGGCCCUGGCGGCGGGCCGGGGAACUGCAGGCGGGCGCGGGGCUCGGCGCGGGGGGGGGGGUCUGACACCGGCCGGGAGGAGGGGCCGCUGUCCCUGCGGCCAGUGCUGGAUGCGGGGACCCGGCGCGGAGCAGCUGCAGGUGGAGCCGUCAGUAGCGGUCACCCCCAGGCGGCCGGGCCCAGGGCCUAUGUGUGAGCUCUGACUGCCAUCUGGAGCCCCAGCACCGCCGCCCCAGAGCCGAGGGCCCCCAGCCCGCAGCCCCAGCCUGCCUCCCGCCUCGGCUGCCCGCCAUGCCCUCCAGCGGCCCCGGGGACACCAGCAGCUCUGCCCCUGAGCGGGAGGAGGACCGCAAGGCCCCAGAUCCCGGUGCUGAUAGCAGGAGGUGUUCACAGGACGUUCCCGGCCGCCCACGCCUGCAGGGAUGUUGGCUCACCUGGCAGGUUUCCCGGGAGGCAGGCAGAGCCGCUGCCAGGCGCCUAUGGCAGCUGCAUCCCGGGCUGGGACUAGAAGCUUGAAUCCCGGUCUUUGCAGAGCAGUGUGUGCACUCUACCAGGAGGGAGAGGAGCAGGAGGAGGUCCGCAGCAAGGAGGAACGGCAGGAGCCCAGCACCAUGGCGCGCAAGGUCGGGCGGCCUGGGAGGAAGCGCAAGCACCCUCCGGCAGAGAGCAGCGACGUGCCCAAAGACCCCCCGGUCACCUCCAAGACCCCGUCCAUGGCCCAGGACUCGGGCCCCUCCGAGCUGGUGCCCAACGGCGACUUGGAGAAGCAGCGGAAAGAGCCCCAGCCGGAAGAGGGGAGUCCUGCUGGGGGGCAGAAGGCCGGGGCCCCAGCCGAGGGAGAGGGUGCAGCGGAGACCCCGCCGGAAGCUUCCAGAGCAGUGGAGAACGGCUGCUGCACCCCCAAGGAUGGCCGAGGCACCUCCCAGGAAGAGGGCAAAGAACAGAAGGAGACCAGCAUCGAGGCCAUGAAAAUGGAGGGCUCCCGUGGCCGGCUGCGGGGUGGCCUGGGCUGGGAGUCCAGCCUGCGCCAACGCCCCAUGCCGAGGCUCACCUUCCAGGCGGGGGACCCCUACUACAUCAGCAAGCGCAAACGGGAUGAGUGGCUGGCACGCUGGAAGAGGGAGGCUGAGAAGAAGGCCAAGGUGAUUGCAGUGAUGAAUGCUGUGGAGGAGAGCCAGGGCUCCUCAGAGCCUCAGAAGGUGGAGGAGCCCAGCCCGCCCGCCAUGCAGCAGCCCACCGACCCCGCCUCCCCCACUGUGGCCACCACGCCUGAGCCCGUGGGCGCUGAUGCUGGGGACAAGAACGCCACCAAGUCGGCCGAUGACGAGCCCGAGUAUGAGGACGGUCGCGGCUUUGGCAUUGGGGAGCUGGUGUGGGGGAAGCUGCGGGGCUUCUCCUGGUGGCCGGGCCGCAUCGUGUCCUGGUGGAUGACCGGCCGGAGCCGAGCCGCCGAAGGCACCCGUUGGGUCAUGUGGUUCGGAGAUGGCAAGUUCUCGGUGGUGUGUGUGGAGAAGCUGAUGCCCCUGAGCUCCUUCUGCAGCGCUUUCCACCAGGCCACCUACAACAAGCAGCCCAUGUACCGCAAGGCCAUCUACGAGGUCCUGCAGGUGGCCAGCAGCCGCGCGGGGAAACUGUUCCCGGCGUGUCAUGAUAAUGAUGAGAGCGACACGGGCAAGGCGGUGGAGGUGCAGAACAAGCAGAUGAUCGAAUGGGCCCUCGGUGGCUUCCAGCCCUCUGGCCCCAAGGGCCUGGAGCCCCCAGAAGAGGAGAAGAACCCCUACAAAGAAGUGUACACAGACAUGUGGGUUGAACCCGAGGCUGCUGCCUACGCUCCACCCCCGCCCGCCAAAAAGCCCCGGAAGAGCACAACCGAGAAGCCCAAGGUCAAGGAGAUCAUUGAUGAGCGCACGAGAGAGCGGCUGGUGUACGAGGUGCGGCAGAAGUGCCGGAACAUCGAAGACAUUUGCAUCUCUUGUGGGAGUCUCAACGUCACUCUGGAGCACCCUCUCUUCAUCGGGGGAAUGUGCCAAAACUGCAAGAACUGCUUCCUGGAGUGUGCCUACCAGUAUGACGACGACGGCUACCAGUCCUACUGCACCAUCUGCUGCGGGGGGCGUGAGGUGCUCAUGUGUGGCAACAACAACUGCUGCAGGUGCUUUUGCGUGGAGUGCGUGGACCUCCUGGUGGGCCCGGGGGCAGCGCAGGCGGCCAUCAAGGAAGACCCCUGGAACUGCUACAUGUGUGGCCACAAGGGCACCUAUGGGCUGCUGCGGCGGCGUGAUGACUGGCCCUCUCGCCUCCAGAUGUUCUUCGCCAAUAACCACGACCAGGAGUUUGAUCCUCCGAAGGUUUACCCACCUGUCCCAGCCGAGAAGAGGAAGCCCAUCCGCGUGCUGUCGCUGUUUGAUGGAAUUGCUACAGGGCUUCUGGUGCUGAAGGACUUGGGCAUCCAGGUGGACCGCUACAUUGCCUCGGAGGUGUGCGAGGACUCCAUCACGGUGGGCAUGGUGCGACACCAGGGCAAGAUCAUGUACGUCGGCGACGUUCGCAGCGUCACACAGAAGCACAUCCAGGAGUGGGGCCCGUUUGACCUGGUGAUCGGGGGCAGCCCCUGCAAUGACCUCUCCAUUGUCAACCCAGCCCGCAAGGGACUCUAUGAGGGCACCGGCCGGCUCUUCUUUGAGUUCUACCGCCUUCUGCAUGACGCCCGGCCCAAGGAGGGUGACGACCGCCCCUUCUUCUGGCUCUUUGAAAAUGUGGUGGCCAUGGGCGUCAGUGACAAGAGGGACAUCUCUCGAUUUCUUGAGUCCAACCCUGUGAUGAUUGAUGCCAAAGAAGUCUCAGCUGCACACAGGGCCCGCUACUUCUGGGGGAACCUUCCCGGUAUGAACAGGCCACUGGCGUCCACUGUGAAUGACAAGCUGGAGCUACAGGAGUGUCUGGAGCACGGCCGGAUAGCCAAGUUCAGCAAAGUGAGGACCAUUACUACGAGGUCGAACUCCAUAAAGCAAGGCAAAGACCAGCAUUUCCCCGUCUUCAUGAAUGAGAAAGAGGACAUCUUAUGGUGCACUGAAAUGGAGAGAGUGUUCGGCUUCCCCGUCCACUACACCGACGUCUCGAACAUGAGCCGCUUGGCGAGGCAGAGACUGCUGGGCCGCUCGUGGAGUGUGCCCGUCAUCCGCCACCUCUUUGCGCCACUGAAGGAGUACUUUGCUUGUGUGUAAGGGACAUGAGGGCAAACAGACGGAGGUAGUGACGCAAAGUCAAACACAAAACACAACAAACAGCAACAAAAAAAAAAAACACCAAGAAUUUGAGGACGGAGAGAAGUAUCAGCACCCAGAAGAGAAAAAGGAAUUUAAAAACAAAACAAAACAAAAAAAUCAAAAAAAAAAAACAACACAGAAGCAGAGAAACAUACCAGAAGGCGUGGCCUUGCAAAAAGGAUUGGAAAUCAUCUCCUGUUUUUUUUUUUUUUUCUUUCGAGGUUAAUCUUCAAUCUUAGUUUAAAAAAAAAAGGAAAAGAAAAAAAGUAAUGAAACCAAGCUCCCUCUCCUUUCUCCCUUUUUCUUUCUUCCUUUCUUCUGCUUCUCCUUCUUUUUCUCCUUCUUCUUCUUCUUCUUCUUCUUCUUUUUCUCCUUCUUCUUCUUCUUCUUCUUCUUCUUUUUCUCCUUCUUCUUCUUCUUCUUCUUCUUCUUCUUCUUCUCCUUCUCCUUCUUCUUCUUCUUCUUCCUCCUCCUCCUCCUCUUCUUAUUUUUUUGUCAAACCUUUUGUUCCCUACUUUUACAGAGGAGUUUUCUGUUUGGGUUUUUUAUUAUUUUUUUAUUUCUCGCUGUGACUGAAACAGGAUUUAGUGCAGCAAAAAUCACUAACAAAAAAAUAAAAGAGUAAUGAUACCUUAUAGAAGGAAGAUGGGAGAGAAGGGAAAAGGAAAUUUUUAUAGCAAUCCCUCUAUUGGAUAUUAUUAUUAUUAUUUUUACUAUCUUUUUUGUUGUUGUUGUCUCUAGCCUGAUCAGAUAGGAGCACAAGCGGGGGAGAGUAAAUGGAGACACGCGUGGGUGGUGUCAGGGUCCCUCUUGGCCGCCGAGCCUCUCGCCAGCACCAUUCCUGGGAGCACGUGCAGAGCAGAAACCAGCUAGCGACAGAGAGACAGAACACCACACCAGAUCCUUCCAGUAUUUCAGGUGCCUACCACACAGGAAACCUUGAAGAAAAUCAGUUUCUAGAAGCCGCUGUUACCUCUUGUUUACAGUUUAUAUAUAUAUGCUAGAUAUGAGAUCUAUAUAUAAAAGGUACUGUCAACUACUGUACAACCUGACUUCACAAUGGUGCUUUCAAACAGCGAGAUGAGGAAAAGUAACAUCAGCUUCCGUGGUGCCUUCUGUGUAAAGGGUGUGCCACCGCGGUGAGGGGUGGGAGGACGGCAGCUGGAAGGGGAGUCAGCCUUCGGGAUGGCUUCCCCUCUUGACAAGGCAGAGGGGGCAGAAUUUGGGGAAAUGGAAAAAAAUAGUGCUCUCCCCUUCCACCCUGCCAAAAAUUUAAAACUGGGGGAGGUGGUGGGACCUCGGGAAGCUGAGGGCAGAAUUCAUCCAGGCUCAUGCAAUAACUUUUUUUUUUUCUAAAAGGAGACCCCUUCCCUCCUCCCACAGGGAGGUGUCAGGAUGAGGGUAGUGUCUUUGUUUCCAGCUUUUGACAUGAGCCCAUUGGUGGGGCCUCCAGCCUGCCCGAACCUGAGCAGUUUUUUUUUUUUUUUUUUUGCAGCCCCGCCUGGAGCGAAUAAAAAAACACACAAAGCGGACUGGUGCUUUCCUGUCUAAGUCGACUAUUGUGUGUUUUUAGAGGAUCCCUGCCACCCACCCUCAGCCCAAGGCGCCUCUGUCCCAUCGGCUCCAGAGGCUGCAGUUUUGAACUGGGAGGCUGCAGACACCUUCUCUUGGGGAUUUUUAUUGCUUCUGGUUCUGAUGACGUUUGUGUUCUGGAUUUUUUUUUUCUUCUUUCCUUUUUUUCUUUUUCUUUGUAAGACAAACAGAAUCCCAACACCCCCUUCCCUUUCGGUUUCUCAAACCAAGGUGCGGGGAGCAGGGUGCUUCUAAGUUAAGUGGUGGCCCUGGUGCUCUGGCUUGCUCUAACGCCAGGUGGGCCACCAGGCCCUGUGACAGCCCAGCGGCCAGGUGUUCCCCCACUGGGACCUGCCUUCCGGGCGUCUGUCUUCUCUUCUACUUCCCCUCCUCUCAUGUGUCAGGGCUGGAGGGGGUUGGCCCUGGCACCCCCCCUCCCCCCGUGUGUGUGGCUGGAGUGCUGUGUGUUUCUUUUCUAGUACUUGGUCUGAUGAUAGCUGUGCUCUUACCGGGAGCCCAUGUCCUGCUCAGGCAGGCAGCUCCGGGCCAGGGCUGACAGGUACACGCUGGCCUGUCUGGAUGGGGUGUAGAUAUGUGGCAUAUAGAGAUAUAUAUUUUAUAAUGGGAGGGGGAACGGCACCUCCUGGGACUGGUCUAGCUGGGAGGUGUGCGCAGAAGCAUACGGUCCCGGGUUCGCCUCCCUAGAAAGCUAGGGCCUAUGGUCAUAGGCACUAUAUAAAUACAUAGAUAGCGUCAUGUAUAAGAAAUAUUAUGGAGUGGGGGCGGGCUGGGGGGGGUUCAGUGCUGAGUCCUACAGCAGACAUAAGCCCCCCCAUACACACAUGCCAGUCAGUCCCACAUGCACACAGGACAAGCACGCACACAGAGCCAGGGAGUCCCCCCUCCAUGCUGCCAACCCCGGCUUCAGAAUGGGGUGGUCCCCACAGCCACCCAGACCUCUGUUGCCCUGAUUGCAGGUGGGCUGUCAGCCCCUGAAGGUGCUGGAGGAAGGGAGGGGGAGGCCCUCUCCUAGGGAGCAGGCAGCUUUCUGUCUCUUGCCCCUCAAGAUUCUUCUGUUAGCAAUCUGUGAUACUGACCUGCAGUUUGAGGCACCAGUCAAGUCAGCCCUCAGCUCCCCCUACCUAUUCUGCCCCCAACAAAACCCCAUUGGCAUCUGAGUCUGUCUGGGCUGAGGGGCUGCCCUGGUCACACCAGGGACGGAGCCAGGGAGUCAAGAGAGCUCAAGCCAGGCUUUGAGUCCCUUGCUCAUUUGAGUUCUCCUUUGUGGGGGGUGCUUGGUGUUGGACCCCAGACUUUGUGUUGGGUCAGCUUUGAAGGUCACGGGUAGCAGCUUCCUCAGUUCUGGGACAAGGCUGGAGUGCUAGAAGGGGGGUUCUCUCUGCCCUUCCCUGGGAGUCCCUGUGUCUACCGUGGUGCUCAUCCCAUCUCCCCUUUGUGCCUAUCAGGCUCCAUCUAUCCUGCCCGGGUCACCAUUGCCCCUCUAGGAGGGCUUGGGGGGAGGAGGGCUGCUUCUGGCGGUCCAAGGUGCUCCCUCCCCGAUGGCCAAGGUCUUCCCCACCCCAGCAUUGGGGGGGGUUCUUAUGGUUCCCCAUCUGCAAAUGGACCUUGUGGCCCUGAGGCCUUCUGCCCAGGACAUGUGUGGAGACCCAGGCUCCUCCCCAGUGGUGAUGUGGGGAGCAACAUGGGGGGUUUCCUGGUCAGCUCUUUCACCAUCUCAUCAUCUGAUGCCCCUUGUGGGGUCAGAGUCCAUCACCAGCUUUUCUUCCAGUUUGAGUGAGGGGACUGGGGACCUUGAGGACAAGACAGCCUGACCUCCUGGGGAUAUUUAACAGCCAGCUUCUGUCUUAGGACAAGCUUGGCCAUACCACAGGCCACCAUGUUUCAGCAGGACCCCAGGGGGACACUGGGUUUGCUGUGGUUGGAGCUGGAGUGUGAGAAACCAGGAAGGCCUGGGAAAGGUUCUGGAAUGUGGUCCUAGGGGUGGUGGUGGUGGUGGCAGGGGGUGUUUCUCCCUAAAGAGCAGAUCAUGUCUCCUUGCUACACAGGUGUCAACUGAGUGAGGGACCAAUGAGGGGAUGCUGGGGGCAGCCAGGUCAUGAUGCCUUUGGGUGUUUGGUCUGGCUGCCUGCCGACUGGUGCUAAGCCCCUUCCUCAUGGGCUGGAGGACAGGCAGGGGUGGUAGUGGUUGCUGUUGCCAGAUGACAUGAGUGUGUUGCCAUAUCUGGAUUCCAGAACCUUCUUGCUGAUCUGAUAGAAAGCAGACUUGCCCCCAAGAGCCCAGGCACAGGCUGGGAGUGGAUGGUUGGUGGAGAUGCCAGGUGGAUUCCCAAAUUCUGGGGAGCCCUAGGUGGGUGCACCCAGUCUCCAGCACUGGGGACAGUGGAGGAGGCUAAGAAUAUGCUUAAGGGGAGCAUGGAGACAGUUUAGACUUCCCCUGGUUGUUCUUGGUGCAGAGUUGCUGUAACAGCUGUGAUGUCAGCUGUAGCCCCUGGGGGGUGGGAGGUAGUGGUUGUGGAGCUGCAGAACCAAGAUUUUGGCAAGUGGAGAACUAACCAGGUCCCAAAGUAGAGACUGGUUUGAGCCCAGGAGGCGAGGAGUCCCAAGUUGUCAUAGCUGGUCUGCUUUUCUCUGCUGGGGAUUAGAGGUGACAGCCUUUCCCACCCAACUCCUACUCUGGGAGGGACCCAGUGAUGGGGGAGGCCCCCUCUUGUUCCUUGCAAGUCCUUGGCUUUGAGGGGAAGUCUAAGAAGUGAGAGGCUAGAUCAGAGUUAGGACGACACAGAGGCAGACAUUCUGGAGUCUUUCUGUUGAGAAAAAGGCAGGCAAGCCCCUUCAUGUGAGACCUGGCCACUGGGGGCCUCAGGGGCCUGUGGAGCAAGGAAGAACUUUGAGGACUGUGGGCUCCUGUCCCCCGUAACUGGAACGUCCUUCUCACUUUGGCCCCUUCUAGCAGCCCCCAGUUAAUGAGCAAGGGGUCCCAAAGCCUGGUUGCCCAGCCCUAGAAAUUAACAGACGACAAAAAAUAAUGCCGCAAUUCCUUCGAAUAAGCAGAGGGAGGAGGUGACUCAACAAGGUGCUAAGAAAAACACACACAUACACACAAAGCAUUUUAUUAAAAUAUAUAUUGUUAAAUUAAGUCUGCUGUCUGGACAAUGUUUGUUUUCUUUUUUUUUGUUUCGUUUUUGUUUUCUUGUAGUGGAGUUUCAAAGAGACUAUUAUUUUACUCUGAUAUAUUAUUAUUAAAAAAAAGGCAUUUUAACUUUGUACUUGAAAACUAAAUGAACGAUUUCAUGUGUUUUAGCUGAGGCAUUGAAGUAGUGGGUGCUUACUGAUCUGUGGGAGACCAUGUAUCCAUACUGAAGAAUAAACUCCUUAGCUGAUUUGGUGAGAACUCUUACUGUUACAGCUGACUGACUUCGCUUUGACCCCAACGGCAGAGCCCUUCACAUUCCACGCAGCUAAAUGCAGGACACCCCCCCCCAGACCCUGCCCCCCUCCAGGCUUCCCUCCACCUUUCUUUUCCCUUCCUCCUUUCCCUUUCAUUUCUGUUUCAUUUCUCCUGGUCCCAGCAGCCUUUUCCACCGCUGUAUUUUUUUUAGGGUUGCUUCUCUAUUUAUUGACAAUAAUAAUGUACAUUUCACAGUCUGGUUCUGGGACAUCUGGGGAGGGGGGCUGCGGGCGGGGAGGCCAUCCUGCAGGUCCCCGCUUUACGCCUCGGACCCCUGGCGUUCUGUUGUAUCUCUGUGUAAGUGAUGCUCGUGACAUAGCUGUUUAUGAAGUAAUUAAAGAGGUCAGUGCGUACAGCCGAUGUAGAAAGUCUGUCCAUUCCGCCUUCAUCACAUUUUUUUGUGCCCAGAAGAAUAUAAUAAAGCUCCUUUCUAAUGUA